AUGGCCACGGGCUGAUGUGGAACCUCCCACUCUACAAAUCCUGCUCUACCUGUCAGGCAACUUUUUUUUUUAUGGGGCCAUUGCUUGAGGAUCAGUUGAGCAGAAGACAAUAUGGCGAGUGGUUCCAAUCAGAACGUCGAAUUUGUGCGGACGGGCUACGGCAAGAACACGGUGAAAGUGUUAUGCAUCAGGAGACAGUGGGGCCACCACGACGUCAUCGAGCUCAAGGCAGAUGUGCAGCUCACUCUCAAGUCCCGCAAAGAAUAUCUCACCGGAGACAACUCGGACAUCAUCCCAACUGACACAAUCAAGAACACUGUCCAUGCCUUGGCCAAAUUGAAUGGGGUGAAGACCAUUGAGCAGUUUUCUUUGGAUCUUUGUCACCAUUUCCUGACCUCUUUCAACCACGUGUUGCGGGUCAAGGUUUACAUGGAGGAGGCACCAUGGAAAAGGCUGGAAAAGAAUGGAGUGGAACAUGCUCACGCCUUCAUUUACAACCCGGAAACCAUCCGAUUCUGUGAAAUCGAACAACAUUUGCACGGCAUUCCGGUGAUCCAUGGUGGACUCAAGGACAUGAAGGUAUUGAAAACUACUCAGUCCGGUUUCGUGGGUUUCCUCCGAGACCGCUUCACCACACUCCAAGAGGCCACGGACAGGUGUUUCUGUACCACUGUCUGUGCCAAGUGGCGCUACAACAAGGUUCAAGAUGUCAACUUUGACACUGUAUGGAAAUGCGUCAAAGACACAAUUAUUGAGACAUUUGCAGGCCCCUUUGAUCAGGGAGAGUUCUCACCCUCUGUGCAGAAGACACUGUAUGAUACACAAGUCCUCGUCCUCACUCGGGCUCCUGAGGUGGAUGAAAUUGAGAUCAUCAUGCCCAACAACCACUACUUCAACAUCGACAUGACAAAAAUGGGCAUUGAGAACAAGGCCGAAGUUCUUCUUCCGGUGGACAACCCGUCAGGAAACAUCACAGGGACAGUGCGUAGGAAGCACGCCAGGCUGUGAAGACACAAGUGCAAAUACAGAAUAAUUAUGCUAUAGCAACAUCGAUGAUGCACAUAGCACCUUAGUCUCAGUACCAAUCACCAAUAAACAGGUGUUGUUCUUUGGUGAGAAAAGAGCACCCUUUAUUGCAAGUCUUUGAGUGAAAUAUUCAAAUUCCAGUGUUGCACAUGGUUAAACACACACACGCACACACACACCUGAUUAGUUGUCUUUUCGACCAAGUUGAAGCACCACAGGUAGUAGGAUUAUCAUCAUUAUACACAUAUUUCUAUUUCCCCAAAAAACAAGCAAGGCUUGUUUUAUCUGGGAAAAGUAUAAUACUUCAUAUUUGCAGCAGAAUGGUAAUGCAUGGACUCAGUUGCGCAGUAUAGAGCAUAUACAUCUUUUUUUUCCAGGCAAAUUUUACAGUACCACAUCUGUACUUUCUGCCGUGUCAAAGUGUUCCGGUGUUUUAAAUCAUAUAUCAUCUUAUGUACAAAUACCGUUUUUAAAACCAUCACUGGUUCAUGACAUACACACGUACACAUAUAGCACAAUUCACACAAACAAAUCACACUUCUUUUACACCGUCAUUAACAAGGAUUCUUGUCUUAAAUAAAACACGAAGAAUAAAAUAUAAAAUACAAAUCUGAAGCAGCAGACAUAAGAACAGCUAAAAAGGUAAACAGCUCAUGAGACCCCAUAGGUGCCACCUAUGUUUCUAAAAACAUAUUGAAAUUGAUCCUGUUAUAAGGUGCCAUGCGGCCAGAGCAGUCUCUGCCAACGGACAGCUGGUUGGGAGUUGACGAUUGUCACUGAAGCGGUGGAGUAGCGAGCUCCUGGUGACGUGCUAACAGGCGUUGCUCUUUAGGUGUUGUGUUUGCAGUGGCUUCACGUGAUACUCGUAGAUCUUCAGAGCUGGGCCCAGCUUUAUGGACAGGCCCGUCAACACGUCAUUACGUGUCAUCAGGAGCAGUGCCUUGCCAUCGAUUUCCUGUCAAGAAGUGAAUCAAUGUUAUUGCCAUUGCCACCCACGUUAGUUGCCUUAAAGUCAAAAUGAAGGCGCGUAGGGAGGUCAACCUGAUCUUGGAAUGCUGUGGCUUGCUCCUCAAACCCUGUUGCUUUAAAGUAAUUGACGACAUCAGCAACGGCCCAGUUGGCUGGAUCUGGAAGCUGGCCGUUCUCCACUGGGCUGCGGAGACAGUGUAUUAUUCAUAAUAAGAUUCUAGACUUAGCAUAGUUUUAAAAACACGCAGCCAAACGCAGCAUCAUUGAGUACAGUAAGGUGCAAACGUCCAUCAAUGGAAAACUCGGGGUUGCUGUUAAAAAAAAAAAAAAGCUACCUAUACGUUAGUGAGAUGCAAGUCUUCUUUCUGACUACUGCACGCCCCAUUCUCGCUGAGAUUUCUGAUGCGAUCUAGUACUCGGCGUGGUACGCAAGGGCAUUACUUGGGCUUCUGGAUGGAGUGGCGGGGGGAAAUCACAGGAUGUGAGCGAGUGCAGCAUGCGAGCACAAUGUUUCACAAGCAGCUAAAGAAGACUGAUCAUCCUGUGUAAGUGUUUACAUUUAACAUUAGAUUUGUAGUGUUAUUUCAGUCUGUUUUGAAAUACAUUACACAAACACAGGAAGUGUGUGUGUGUGUGUGUGUGUACAGCAUUACCUGCAAAAAAAAACAAGUUCUAACAGUGCAAAACUAUGCAAACAAAGGUUACUGUGGUCUGACCAAGUGAUCACUUAACCA